AUAAUAACAUAAUAUCACUCUUCACUUGCAUUAUUAUUACUUAGCAGUAUCAUGACAUGACAUAAGCUGAAAUCAGUUCAGUUCAGAUAUUAUUAUGGUGGCAUUGUUGAACUCAACUAUGCCUAUUUUGGGAAUUCCCUCCUCUUUUCUUCAAAAACCCAUUUCACUUCCUGCUCUUUCUUGUUUCAGGAAUAAUGGAGAUGUCAGUGGCUUACAUGAACAAAGGUUAGAGGUUAACAAAAAUGAGGACAUUUCCAAGUCAUUAUCUGAUGAUGGCCAGAAUGUGAAACAUGAUAAUAUUUGGCAAUUGUUCAGAGAAGCACAACAAAACAUACUAUACUUAAACAAUCAACGCCUAGGUGCCAUCGAGGAACUUAACAAAAUAAAGAAAGAAAAACAGUCCAUACUUGAUAAGAUAAAAAAAUUGGAAGCAGUAAAGCAGGAGAGUGCUGAUAAGCUAUCAAUUUGUUCCGAAUUGCUGCUUCGAAUAGACUCAAUGGUCCUGGGCAACGUGAUUAGCCUUGCAGAGGCAUCUGACUUUAGAAGUUUGGUGUUGCACCAUAAAGUGAGUGUUGCUGAUGUCUUUAAUGUUAUCUCACAUAAAAGAGAUUCUGAACUGGUGGGAGAACUUCGUCACUUCUCAGAUCAAAGCAAAAAGAAUGGCUUUCAUAUUAUUCACAUUUGCACAGAAAUGACACCAUUGGUCUCUAGAGGAUCUGUAGCAUCAUAUGUCACCGGCAUAGCUCGUGCACUUCAAAGAAAAGGUCACCUUGCAGAGGUUAUAUUGCCCAAGUAUGCAUGCUUAGACCUAGAUGAAGUGCAAGGUUUGCGUGAAGUUAAUGUGGAGGUUUACUCAUAUUUUAAUGGUCAAUUACACGGAAACAGAAUUUGGACUGGUGUUGUUUAUGGCGUGGGAGUCACUUUGAUCGAGCCAUUGGACCAUUCAUCGUUUUUCAGCCGCGAGAUGAUAUAUGGUUACCCGGAUGAUUUUGAAAGGUUCUCAUACUUUUGUCGUGCCUCACUGGAUUAUAUAGUAAAAUGUGGGAAGCAGCCUGAUAUACUGCAUCUACAUAACUGGGAGACUGCCAUUGUUGCCCCUCUUUUCUGGGAUGUAUUUGUAAACAAGGGACUUGGAGGUACCAGAAUAUUACUGACAAUCCACAACUUCAAUUCACAAGGUACCGAGCAACCAGAUAAAUUGGCCUUAUGUGGACUCGAUCCUUCAAGUCUUCAUUGUCCUGAUCGUCUGCAAGACAACACCAAUACACAACUUGUCAAUAUUUUGAAGGGGGGAGUAGUCUAUUCAAACAGAGUUGUAAUAAUGUCUUCUAUCCAUCCAAAGCAUGCAAUUAUUCGUAAUUUGAGUAAUGAACUAGAACCCACUUUAAACGUUCAUGGGGACAAGUUAUCCGUUGCUCCUUAUGGAUUUGAGAAAUCAACAUGGGACCCUCAAACAGACUAUUUUCUUCCAGAAAAUUUUAAUGCUGAAAAUAUGAAUGGAAAAGCCGUUUGCAAAGUUGCAUUGCUGCAGCGGCUCGGAUUAUCUGAGCAUUCUUCUACUAUUCUUGUUGGAUGCAGUUUUUCAGAAGGAGCUGAUAUUGAUGAGAAAAAGAUGAAGGAUAUUGUUUUGAAUGCUAAGAAGCACGAUGUCCAGUUUAUAUUUAUGGAGACCAGUGAAAGACCAGACUUGAAUCAGGCACUAGAAUCACUUCAUAUGGAAUUCAAGGUUGAUGAUGAUAAUAUUAAAUUUGUGCGUUCGUAUGAUGAAGCUCUAUCGCAUUUAUUAUUCGCAGGAUCAGACAGUAUAUUAUGUCGAUCUUUUCAUGAUCCUACUGAUGAAACCCCACUCAAAGCUUUAAGGUAUGGAGCAGUUCCAAUAGCAGUUGACUCUGAUUCUCACACAAACAGGAACUUCAUAAACCAUGACCAAGAGGCAACUAAGUACUCAAAGUUAAUCAAUAAUACCUUUGGAAACAUGUCACUUGGCCUUGCCAUUGAUGAGCUUAGGAGUAACCCAUCCAAAUGGAAGCGAAGAAUAAUGGAAGCAAUGGCACAUGAUUUAUCAUGGGAUGGUGAAUGUUACGAAGUUCAUGUGGCAGCUUACUCGGCUAUAAAGAAUAUGUGAAGUGGGUGUAAUAUUCUUUUAUGUAUUUAUGUGCACAUGUAAAGAAUUUUUAUUUACUAUUUUGAGAUAUAUGGCUCAAUAGUUAUUUUAUAAUUUGUAAGUCAUUAGCUAGCUUUUCAAACUUCGUAUGCUGUAAAAUCUGAAGUAAUCUUGUUAGCCUCACGAUAGAUGUGUUGAAACUUGUAAUUAAAAAGCUCGGUAAGCAAACUGGAAA